CUUGCCCACUUUAAUCUCAUUGUGCAUCGCUCGCUGGAGGAGCAUCAUCCGUGAUAACUACAGGAAUGAGCAGAAAUCAACCCUCUCCCGGUGCAGCAUUGAAAAACAAAUACACGUCUGCUCUGCUUUCAGCUUCCAACGCUGAAGUGUUGAAAAUAACGAUCAACAAUGGCAGGCAGUUCUGAGAGUAAACAGGAAGCAGAGGGCUAUGGGAACCUAAUGGUUCAUUUCCAGAGCUACUUACAUGGUGGAAUCUCCAGCUUGCUGUCCACUCUUCCCAUUUUUAUCGUGUUCCCUGUCUAUAAGACUGUUUUUCGUCAACAAAUCCACAACACCCCUGUUCACAAGGCAGUGGGGCAGCUCUACAGAGAAGGACCUGUGAAGCUCUACAGGGGUGUGGCUCCACCAUUACUCAUGAAGACACUGAAUGGCACGCUGCUCUUUGGCCUCCAGGACACCCUCCUCCGCCAGCUCUAUCUAUCAUCCCAAAAUAUCAUCCCUACCAAUGCCCUGCCUGCUCUGGCUGGGUUUGGGGCAGGUAUUAUAGAAGCUGUGGUUUUUACGCCCUUUGAGCGCGUUCAGAAUGUUUUGCAGAACAGCCAGAAUGACAGCCGUCUACCCUCACUGAAGAGUGUCCUUCUUAGGCUAAAGGCAGAGAGGAUGGCUGCAGGCUACUACAGAGCCUUCCUGCCCAUUGCAGCCCGCAACGCUCUGGGGAGCUCCCUCUAUUUUGGACUGAAGGGGCCUGUAUAUGUUGCUGUGGCAGAGCAAGGGCUCUCUCCAAUAGCCUCCUCUUUCAUCUCAGGAACGGUGAUCUCAAUGGCAGUCAGCUUGACUCUGUACCCACUGUCUGUGCUUGUGGCAAACAUGCAGGCACAGGUAGGCGGGGAGGUCAAAGGUGUCACAGCAUGCUGGGCCCUGCUCUGGAAAUCUCGUCAUCGGAGUUUGGCUCUACUGUACCGAGGAGGUUCCCUGGUUAUCCUGAGGUCGUGCAUCACUUGGGGAAUCACCACCGCUAUUUAUGACAGCCAGGAGAAACGGUCAGGCUGAAGAUACGUGGAUAAGACCUUUUUAAAUGUUAUUAUCCAAAUAAAAUGCAGUUGCAUUUACUUUUUUUUAUUGUUCAGGGUUGUAGACUUUUCACAGAAGAUAUUUUGCCUCAUAAUUGGAAGAAAACACAAGUAUUGACAAGCCUUUGCAGUGUGGGAGUGAGCCUGUACGAGCAAUCCCAGUAUUCCAGUAUUUGUUACUUCCACCUGAGCUUGUCUAUUGUGGUGCAGAAAAGUGUCUAAAAUCGCAGUCAGUCAAGCUAACAAACAGCUAAUUUUGUGUGUCAAAAUGUGCAGUCAAGCUGAGGGCACCACUGCUGAGACUUGAAUCCUGGUUUCUGAGAUGGGUUUAAAUAUUUCUCUUUUUUAUUUGUAAAAUGUGAUUAUGGUGCUUUUCAGUCACAUAUGCCUUGAAUUUUUAUUGUUUUUGUAAGGGAACUUCACCAGUUUUACUCAUGAAAGUCAUUUUGCUUAUCAUGAGUAAGGCUCAGCCCCUGAAAACAGUCAUCUAAUGGCCUUGUGGUUAUUGUUAUUAUUUUUAUUUUUAUUUUUUUGUAGCAUUUUUUUAGGAAAGACAGUAAGGCAGUCCGAUUUGAAUAAGGGAUAAUUAAAUAGGCAGAAAUAUAGAUUCGUUUUCUAAAGCCUGACAAUAAGGUUUAUCUCAAUUGAUUUUUAAAAACCUGGAUACUUACUAAUUAACAGUUUGGACAGUCUAAAAAAGUGAUUUGCAUAUGAAGAAAACUGACCCACAUGAGGGGCUACAAGUCAUAUUAUUGAUUUUUUUUUUUAUGCUGCCACAAGGGGGACCCCUAACACAGUGGUAGCACUAAGUCCCUGUACUGCUCAUAUUAGUGCAAAACCAACUAGCUGUAUGUUCACUGUGUUUAAUUUCAUGUAUCAUAUGGAAACUACUAAGCUAUGCAGUCCCAAGGUUUUAUGGGACCUUAAACAGAAUUUGAUUUGGAGCCACAGGUUAGUCUGCUCAUCCCCUGUGUUGGGCCGGCUCUACACUUCUGACACACUCACUUGUGCCUCUUCCUGUGCUUUUAUGAGGUAACUUAAGUUAACAAUGUCAGCCAAGUACACUUAUCUCUGGAAACACCUUGAAUGGGCAUACACACUGAAAAGAGUGCAGACUGCAGCUUGCAAGGUUUUAUGUGUUGUGUUAUGACAGGUUUUCUGUACUUGCUGGCACAGUUAUGUUGUAGUUCUGUAUAAGACACUGUGGGAUUAUACUGGAUUAUUUUCAGUCUUGCACCUUUUAAUGGAAUGGAUUGGUUCUCCAGGAUUGUCAUUGUUAGCUGAUGAUUGAAGUUAAAAGUCAUUCUUCUUACAGGUGAAGUUAGAGAUUGUGCUACACGUUUGAAAUGUUUUUGUUUGUGUGAAAUUAUAUUUUCUGGACAUUUUGUGUGCUAAAGGGGAUACAACUUACUGUGUAUUAUUACCUCACCUCUGGCCCUUUUUUUUAAAAACUUUUUGUGUCGUUUAAUAAUGAAAAAAAAGACCCUUCCAUACUUUAUGUAUGUAAAACCUGUGUUCGUAUCUGUGGGUCCCACUCUUUGUGCAAAAUGCACAUUUUCUUUCGGCUCAGUAUUCAUGGUGCGUAUUUAAGCUUUCCACAAAAAAAAAAAAAAAAUUUAAAUCAUACUAAGCCAUCUAUGGUCAUGAUAUUGAUUACAUAUGAA